AUGUCCCUCUGGCAAUCAUACCGCUCCCUAGCCCCCCGCACACGCGCACUUUUCGGGAUAGGUCUGGUCGCCUGGGCCUCCGUGGGCCUAUGGACGACACCGCAGGUCGAGGGGGCGCUGGGAAUGACGGCUAGUGAGAAGGAGAAGGAGGAGCUGGAGAGGAAGAUGGCGGUUAGGGUGGAGAGGGUUGACAGGGGGUAG